CAAAGAUGGCAUGAGUACCCCAAACAGUGCCAAAAAGCGAAGAGCCCGUGUCCAGGGCGGGUGGGCGGCGCCAACAAACGUGCGCUCAGACAGGGAUAAGCCUAAAGCCCCAAUAGGACCCGCCUGGCUAGGGAAAAAUGUCGACCAGCCGGUGGAACGCAAGUUCGUGUAUGAAAAACCAGAAGAGGAUAACAGAGUUAUUCCACAAGAGAAGACAAUAACCAAAGCAGGAGUGUAUGAUAUCAGCACUGAACCAUCAGGAGUAGCCAGGCUGAGGUUCUUUCCGAUCUUCAUUGACCCAGAGGAGGCAAAUGUAAUUUACGAUACUCUGUAUCAUGAGUUACCAUGGAGACAGAGGACAGAUGUGAAGAAGACAGGUGAAUCUUUCCUACAACCUCGGCUGACGGCGUGGUACGGAGAUAUUCCAUACUCUUACUCGGGGCUCACUCAUCAGGCUUGCCCAGAGUGGCAUCCCACUCUGAUCAUGCUGAAGGAACGCCUGGAGGAAGUGACAGGGAUCCACUUCAAUUCCAUGCUUGCAAACCUGUAUCGUGAUGGCCAUGAUUCUGUGGCCUGGCAUUCUGAUGACGAACUCUCUUUGGGGCCAGAGCCAACCAUUGCAUCACUGUCCUUUGGAGAUACUAGAAAUUUUGAACUCAGAAAGAAACCUCCACCUGAGGAGAAUGGUGAUUACACAUACAUGGAGCACAUAAAGGUUCCCUUGAUGCAUGGUUCACUUCUUAUAAUGGAGGGGGCAUCACAAACAGACUGGCAGCAUAGAAUACCUAGAGAAUACCACGACAAAGGACCAAGGAUUAAUUUAACAUUUAGAAUAAUUUACCCAGAGUAGAAUCUUCAGAAUUUUUCUACAUUGAACUUACCUUUGUGUGAAAAAUAUGCAACAGAGAAAGAUAUGUGAUGUCUUCUUUUCUGUAAUAUUUCCAGAUUUACAUUAAAUGCAAAAUAUUUUCUAUGCAGAAAAAAAAACCUUUAUGACUGAAACAAAUAUUACAGGUGCACAAUUUUUUUUAACCUUUUGUAAACAAUUGAAAUAAAUGAAAAGAUGAUUUUGACACAUUUUUUAGGAAUUAACAUUCAUAGUAUUAAUGGUUCUAGGCUAAAUUUGAUAAUAAAUUCACAAAAAGGGUUUUACUUCAAAAAUAAAAAGAAGAACAUAGAUGAAAUUUCUUUUUAUAAUAGUUGAAUAAAAACAUAACUAGGAACUUUUUAGAAUGUAUCUCAUGGGUAUGCUAAAUUAUUUUCAGAAUUGAUGAUUAAACACUAAAAAUACAUGAAUACUUCUGAUUGGCUGAAUUACAGAAAUCAAUGUUACAUGUAUUUAUACCCACUGUUUGUUGUGAACUUUUCUCACAGGUUGAGGAUACUUUUGUGAACAAUAUAUUAUUUAUUUUCUUUGUUAGGAAAAUUAAAAAUGAUUUUUA